GAAAGUCCUCGCCGCGGCGCGGAGCGAUGACGUAUGCAGAAGGCUCACUCAAGUUGGCGCACAGUCUUCCCGCCUCUGUCCUGCUCCGAUUGGCUUCUCGGCCCCUAUGGGCCCCUGCCCAUUGGAGAGAGAAAAUAUUACAUUGAUGUGCAAAGAAAAGAAGAUAGUUUUGAUUUAUCUGGAGCUAGCAGGAAUGAGGCUGAAAGUUCCAGUUUCUAUAUGACUUGUGAAAUCUCUUUGGAGGAAAUAAAGAAGCCAGACUGUGCCUCACCCCAGAAGAGGAAAGAAGCUAAAAAUAUUCAAAGAUUGGACCAUUACUGCAAACAGCAUACACCUCCUCUUGUGAUCUCUCCAGAUCCCCAUGAAUAUGAAGCUAAGAGUAUUGAUGUAUUCUGUUUUAAAAGUACGUGGGAAACGAACAAAUUAGAAGAAUCAAAUGCUGACUUUAUCCAAGAAGAUUCAAGGAACGAUUAUGGGAAAAGAGACAAGAAGGUUCAGGAUGCUGUCAGUAAUGUACAUACAAGGGACAUUAUUUUAACAGACCCAUGUGAUUGGCAAAUGGCACAUAUCCCACAGAAGGCUCAGUGUUGUUGCACCUGUGCAGAACAACAAUGUAACUUUAUAUCUGAAACAUCUGAUGAAGAACAAGACAGUUUCUCAGAUUCAUCUGUGACAGUAACAAGUAUUCUAGGUGCAUUAGAAAAUGAACAGUCAGAGGAGUUCAGUGUAUCAUCUGUAUCUGACAGCCUGAGUCUUAGAUCAUUAUCUGAUGUGCAUGAACAGAUGGAAGAAAACAAUUGUGUUGACCGAAAAGGAGGAGGAAAACUCUGGCUGCAGCCUAGGCCAUCUUGAUCAAAGAGUUCUAGAGGAAAUGCAGAAGAUUAACACCUCUGACAGACUCACUCAGACAAACUCCUUCCAUUUCAGGUAUUGAUAUUUAUUCUGCCUGAAAAGAACCAGAUAGGCCUUUAUGUUUCCAUUUCAGGGACCCACAUCUUUGAGUUAGUAUUCAAUAUUGGGGACUUGAUGAUGCCUUCCUUUCUAUAGCACUGCAGUAGUCUCACCUGAUGGUAACGAAAUCAUGGAUAACAAUGGGAUGAUUCAAAUUCACAAGAGUGAAUGUAGGAUCCCUCUCAAGUGCAAGAUAAGAAGGAGUAUUACUUAUUCUUCCCCAAGGAAUUUAUAAUCUAAAUUGCUAUUCAGGCCAUCCAGAAAUCGCCCAAGAUCCAACAAAUUCCCCAACCAAACCAAGACAUGCCCCAUUAAUCAAAGAUACUGAUAUAUAAUUUCUGCCAUUUCCUCAGUAUCUUGGUCUUGUCUGGGCUGAGUCUCAGUCUGCUCAGCUCAUAUCUAUGCAUCAGCCUCUGUCAGGCGGUGCUAUGAUGCAUUAAAUCUAUGUCACUGAUUUUCAUACUACAACUCUACAGAUGAAGAAGGGACAGCAAAUAUGGAUCAUGACAUGUAAGAGUGUCAAUACCAGUCAUAUUUCCAUCAUUUUCCACGUUACAUUAGUACAUAAGUUAUCAGGUCAGUAGUAAACUGUUAGAAUAAAAAAUGGUUAAAAUCAAACUUAAGAUGCCCCAGUCAGAACUGAUACCAUAUACAAAUAUUAUGGUGUUUCAUUCUCUGAGUUAGUAGGUAUGUAAUGGUAUCUGUUGCUUUAAAGCAUCACAGAUUGCACUAGUUAAGGCAUAAUAUUUCUCACUUUCGUGACAAAGAACAUGACUUUUAGAGUUCACACAAAAAAAAUCACAUUCUUGAUCUCUCCAUUCAGCUGCUACCAAGCAAGCCUUCAUACAUUUAAUGGCUAGUGUAGUGGACUAUGGGAUUUUUAAAUGUCUUUAAACCAUUAAAUAUUACUACAUUAAAAAAAACAAUUAUUGUAAAAUAAAGGAUAUUUGGCUUCUCAACUUCCUAUAACUUCUUAAUUAGCCCAUUGGGUGAUAUCCAGGGCCCAUUCAAGUCAAUGAAGUUUUGCCUUUAACUUCAAUGGAGCCGGCAUUUCAUGUCUUUCAUGUCUGCAUGUCAUGACUUUUCCUUCUGUAAACUACUUAUGAUUCUUCUCACUUUUUACCGUCACACACAACCAACCUUAGUUAUGUUUAAUGACUGUUUUGUUGCAAAACUUCAUCAAAGGGCUGGUCCAGCAUGCAAGGGACUUUGACGGAGCUCCCAUGUGCCUGUUGUGACAGAAUCAAGCCCUACAUUAAUUUAAGCUGUAAUGAAUAAUUGAUAAUGCUUUUAAAAUUAGAUAAAGUGAACCACAUACAGCUAUGCUGAUUUCUGCUGAAUUAAGUUAAAUAUUGCCAGCUAAAUUAGGACAACUACAAAUCAUGUCAACUCGUUUAGAAAGCUAUUAUAAUGAUGUGCAACUAAAAACCCAGUCAGGCAAGAUGAGGCAUGUGAGCAGACCUCUGUACACAUGCGGCGCUUCACUGACUUCACUAGGGCUUUGUGCAGAUUUAAGGGUUUGCACACUUAGCUCAGUUUACAGGACUGGGG